AUGGCAGGCCAGACUCGUCUGGAGGCAGAAUGCAGGAAGCGGGGACCUUUCUCAUUGGGUCCAGUUCUUGUUUUCUCACCUCUGACCUGGGCCGCUGUCAGGAAUCAGUGCCAUGAUUUGCAAAUUGUGACUCUCGGACCUCCAGCCUCAGGAUUGCACCUAUGGGAUGAGAGAGGAGAGGAGCUUUAUGGUGCCAGUUCCCUGGGCCACCAGGGUCGGUCUGGGGUUCCAGCAGCUGGCACAAGCCCUCCCGGCCCCGACCCCCAGCCCCCGCAAGAAAGAUGCCUGAGCAGAGCAACGACUACCGAGUGGUGGUGUUCGGGGCGGGCGGCGUGGGCAAGAGCUCGCUGGUGCUCCGCUUCGUGAAGGGCACCUUCCGGGACACCUACAUCCCCACCAUCGAGGACACCUACCGGCAGGUGAUCAGCUGCGACAAGAGCGUGUGCACGCUGCAGAUCACCGACACCACGGGCAGCCACCAGUUCCCGGCCAUGCAGCGGCUGUCCAUCUCCAAGGGCCAUGCCUUCAUCCUGGUCUACUCCAUCACCAGCAAGCAGUCGCUGGAGGAGCUGGGGCCCAUCUACAAGCUCAUCGUGCAGAUCAAGGGCAGCGUCGAGGACAUCCCCGUCAUGCUGGUGGGCAACAAGUGUGACGAGACACAGCGGGAGGUGGACACCCGCGAGGCCCAGGCCGUGGCCCAGGAGUGGAAGUGCGCCUUCAUGGAGACGUCGGCCAAGAUGAACUACAACGUCAAGGAGCUUUUCCAGGAGCUGCUCACGCUGGAGACACGCCGGAACAUGAGCCUGAACAUCGACGGCAAGCGCUCCAGCAAACAGAAGAGGACAGACCGCGUCAAGGGCAAAUGCAUCCUCAUGUGAGCCCAGAACGCCCGCCACCAGCCGGCCCAUGCCUCUCCCAACGCCCCCGCUCCCCCUUGUCCUCCAGUCCUCUGCUCCUGGCCCUCUGGUCCUCCCUGCCCUCCUCCCCACCUUCUUCUCGCUCCCUCUCAUCUCUUCGACUUCUCUUCCUUCACCCAACACCUCUGCAGGGGAAACCGAGGCCCCGGUGAGCCCGCGGCAGGUCUGGGGCUCCAACCUGGCUCUGCCGCAUGGCUCUGCCUCCCGCCCCCCCCCCCGGCCUGUCUGCAUCCCCCAAAGCCAAGUGCUGGAGGUGGCCCCCUGGAUCCGCACAUGAGAAAAUGGGGAAGCUGCCUGUCCCUGCUGGGACCGAGGACGCCAGGUCUUCCCUGUCUCUGCCCGUCUCUGUCUCUUUCCCGUGGGUGCCCCCAGUCAGACCUGUGUCUCCCCCAUCAGAUCACUGUGACCCUGCUGGGGAGGGGGAGCUGAAACUCACAUGGACCUCAGAGUUUGUUUUCCCCUCUUUGGUGUUUACCACACACUGCCCCUGCUCCGUCCUUCAUGACCUCUGGCCUGUGCCCCCACCCCAGGUCCCAGAUCGGUCCUCACCCCUGUCCCCACGGCCUCGGUGGGGGGGAGGCUUGCAGGAUGGGUCUCAGGCCACCAGGCAAUAACCACAGAGCCAGCAGCAGCCCCCCACCAGCCUGGAAUCCCACUCCUUGUCCCGCCUGGGGUGAGUCCCGGGGUGCAGGCAGGGGAGGCCUAGGACUGGCUCAUGGCCACAGCACAACUCAAGGGGACCGUCCAGCGUGAAUAUGGGGUGCUUUCCCAGACACGGCCCCCACAGAUUGGCACAGCCUGUCACCACCGAGCCUCAGGCAGGGGCACAUGGGGUGCUGGGGAGGGGGUACCUGGGGCCCCAUCCAGGGGCAGGCAGCUGGACCCAGCACCAGCAGGAUCUGAGGGGAAUCGAGGCAGAGCUCUGCCCAGCCCACUGCCCCCUGCCAACUGUGCCCCAGAGAAGGGGGCUCUGCCCAGGAAGGUGUGUCUCCUGGAGUCAGGGUGCUCCUGCCACCUGAGGUUCUGAGUGCUUCCCGAGAGUGUGCGGCUACCUGCACGCCCACGGGACCCUGCAGGGCUGUGUCUGACGAGCAUGGAGGUGAGCUGUAGGCCUGGGGGGGGGGAGCGCGGAUGGCGUAUUUGUGUAACUUGGUGCGCACAGGCAGACGGCUUGGGUCUGAGCAUGGGUCCGUGCGUGCACGUGUGUGUGUGCCUGUCAUUUGGGUGGUAAGUCUCCGUCACGGUCUCCGUGUGGUGAUGGUGUAGGCUGUACGUAGGGUGGGCAGUGUGGUCGUCGACAGGACUGGCGAUUUGUGUCGAUGGGAACCUUCGUACCAGCGUCAGUGUGACUGUAAGUGUUGUAUUUUGGGGAGUGGGUGACGUGAUUCAUAGGACCGCAGCGUAAACCUGUUUGUUCUGUCUGAGGAACACCGACCCUGUGACUUUGUCGCGAGGUGGCUCCCGGCUCAGACUCUGUAGCGGUCAGCUGUCGGUGCCUAACAAAUGACCACAAAGCCAGCCACCAGAAACUGGACAUGUUUGUCAUCUCUGUUCCUGGGGGUCAGGAGCCUGGGUACAGCUUGCCUGAGACUUCCACUCGGGACCUCGCAAGGCUGCGAGCAGAGUGCGGGCUGGCUGCCGUCUCACUGGAAGGCCUGACUGGGGACCCAUCUACUCCCAAGCUCACGCGGCUGUCAGUGGCAUUAAGUUUUCUGCAGUCACAGGCCCGAGGGGCUCUGUUGCUCUCUGGACGUCAGCCCCCUGCGGCUCCUUGGCACGUGGGUCUCUCCCGGGGUUGCUCGCAGCAUCGGGCAUCCCGGGGGGUGACGGAGCUGCACGUGUGUGCUGGCGUGUUCCUAUGCGCGUUGGGACUGACCUGUGUGCGCGCGUGUGAGAAAGGCCAUGUCGAGGUAUGGUCAUGUGACCCCAUGGGGACUGUUUGUAGGUAAGACGGACUGUUUGUGUCCAUCUUGGUAGCCGUGUGUUUGGUCUUGUCUAUGUUCAUGGGACUCCACAAACGUUUACUGGGCACGCUGUGUAGAGAGGGAGGGAGUGUGUGUGUGCAAGUGUGUGUGUCACCGCCUGGCACAUGGACGGGCCCUUGGAAGAGGUGGUAGCAUCCUGCCGGAGCACAGCUGCGCCCCUUUAUCCUGCGGCGGGUCCAGGGCCCACCAGCAGCUGGUGUUGCUCCCUUCCCCACCCCGGGAGCGUUUCCUGGCCUUGCUGGGCAGGGGUCUUCAGCCCUUUCUCAGGGACACACCCUGAUAGCACAAUCUCCCUGGGGCCCUGCCCACCUCCAGGCCUUCCCCUGGCCCAGGCCAUGGUCCCCUGGGGAGAAAGGGGCUCUGGAGCAGGAGAGGCCUGACCUGCCCCAGCUGCUGGCCCAUCCUGCCUGGGCAUCCCUCGUUCUGGGGACCAUGCCAGGCCAUGCUUGCUGCUGUGAUUCCACCCCUGCCCCUUCUCCCCCCGCAUGUGGGUGCCCCCUGCCCCCCACAUUGUGGGGUCUGUGUAGCAUUUGCUCUAGAAAUAGUCUUCCUGCAAUAAAGAAGUGGAC